AUGAUCAGUGCACUAUUCUUGAUGAAUAGUAAGGGAGAGGUACUCAUCUCUCGUAUAUACAGAGAUGAUAUAAGCCGUGGUGUAGCCAAUGCAUUUAGAUUGGAGGUAGUGUCAGCAAAGGAGAGUAGAUCACCGGUCAAGUUGAUAGGAUCCACUUCAUUCCUGUACAUUAAGACUGGUGGACUCUACUUGGUCGGUGUGACACGUCAGAAUGUUAACGCUGGAAUGGUGUUUGAGCUACUACAUCAAUUGGUCGAGAUAUUCAAGUCAUACUUUGACGUUGUCAAUGAAGAAUCAGUCCGUAACAACUUUGUACUUGUAUAUGAGUUGUUGGAUGAGAUACUUGACUUUGGAUAUCCACAGAACUGCUCAUUCGAUGCCUUGAAGUUAUGUAUCACUCAAGGUCAGGGCAAGCUGAAAUCAAUGGACAAGAUGAAGCAGGAGAAGUUAUCAAAGAUUACUAUUCAAGCAACAGGUAUUACACCAUGGAGAACACCAGAUAUCAAGCAUAAGAAGAAUGAGAUAUACAUUGAUGUGAUCGAGUCUGUGAACCUGUUGAUGUCGGCAGAGGGUAAUGUACUUCGCGCUGAUGUUACGGGCCAGGUUAUGAUGAAGUGCUACCUGUCUGGCAUGCCCGAAUGCAAGUUUGGAAUGAACGACAAGAUGCUGAUGGACAAGGAGAAGGGCACGACGUCGCAGGCACCACCAUCUGCGCCCAAGCGCCGCGGAAAUGGCGUGGAAAUCGACGACAUCACCUUCCAUCAGUGCGUCCGUCUGGGCAAGUUCGACUCAGACCGCACAAUCAGCUUUGUGCCGCCCGACGGAGAGUUUGAGCUGAUGAAGUACCGCUCGACCGAGCACAUCAACCUGCCGUUCAAGGUGAUCCCUAUGGUCAAGGAGAUGGGAAGGACGCGCAUCGAGUGCAGCGUCACGGUCAAGUCCAACUUCAACUCCAAGAUGUUUGGCACCAACGUCAAGGUGCUGAUCCCGACGCCCAAGAACACGGCCGUCUGUAAAAUAGUGGUGGCCGCCGGCAAGGCCAAGUACAUCCCCGAGCAGGACGCCAUCGUCUGGCGCAUCAGACGUUUCCCAGGCGACACAGAGUUCACGCUGCGAGCUGAGGUCGACCUGGUGGCCUCAGUCAAUCUCGACAAGAAGGCCUGGUCGCGUCCGCCCAUCUCCAUGGAGUUCCAAGUGACAAUGUUCACAGCAUCUGGCUUCCACGUGCGAUUCCUCAAGGUGAUUGAGAAGAGCAACUACACUCCAAUCAAGUGGGUGCGAUACCUUACAAAGGCUGGCACUUAUCAGAACCGUAUAUAG